CCCUAUUGUAGACCGAGACUAAACUUUUCCUCGGUUCAAGAACUUGAACCAAGUUCUAGCAUCAUGGACACAGGCCUUUAUAGUUGUCUACAGUUCGUGCAAGCGCCGCUUUCGUUGAGUUUUCGCACACGAAGACACGAAGAAGACUAUAGACUAUAGAAUAGAAUACGGAAUAUCGCGCGAGAGCAUGCUGCACGCGAGAGCGGUAAAGAAUUAAGAUUCGUUGUGAUUAAAUAAUUCAUUGUUAUUUUGUUCUUGUCGCCGAAUCGUCGCUCGGAAGAUACGGAUCUCCACGUUAACGAGAAAGAAGAGAAACUACUUCGAUGGCGAUGCGUGACUUUACACUGAUAAGAUCACACGAGAGACGCGGCGAAUAAGGCCGGAACUCCUCGCGAAACCAAAGCCGACGGCGCCGUCUUGACUUUAUCAUUCCGUCGGUAUUAUCGACGAAGAUCGCGUCAAGUGCGAGUAUUCGGUGGCAAUCGACAACGCCUCGUCUCUGUAGUCAUAUGAUCGUCGGUGGCUUCAUCACGUACACCCCAUCUCAUAUCAACCACCUGCAAAGGAGGAUUUAACCAUCAUUACAUCUUCUAAUGGACUGUUUAUAGUAUUUACCAAGGAUCUCUUAUAACGAUCAAAAUGGCACCCGAUCCAGUAACACAAAUGAACACAUAUCGUUCAUACGUGACCAUGCUGGCUGAUCCAGUUUCAAAAGAUGAACUGAAACUGAAGGCAGCUCAAGAAUUAUCAGAAAAUUUCGAGAUUAUUAUGUGCUCAUCACAAUAUCCGGGAUUUCUCGAUCAUAUGAUGAAGAUCUUUCUGAAGAUAUUGCAAGAGGGAGAGCCGCACUUUAUAUCAGAAUAUAACAUUCAGCAAGUUAGAAAACUAAUUUUGGAAAUGAUACAUAGAUUACCAAGCAAUGAAUACUUGCGUCCAUAUGUCAGGCAAAUCCUGACCCUUAUAUUUAAACUACUAGAGACAGACAAUGAAGAAAACGUGCUAGUGUGUUUACGCAUCAUAAUCGACCUUCAUAAGCAAUAUAAACCAACAUUCAAUCCAGAAAUUCAAUUUUUCCUUCAAUUUGUCAAAAACGUAUAUAGCGAGUUACCAAAAAAUUUGCCAAAAAUAUUUGAACCACGUCCGCCUUUACGUGUAAAAGAGCUAUCAGAAAUUAACAUAGAAGCCCUAUUGACAGAAACGUUUACAAUUACAGCAAUACAAAGCGAAAAGAAAGCUGCCGAUGGUACUGUCGUGACGUACAAUUUGAUUCCGAAAGCAGUGCUAUCUCUCAAGGUGCUUCAAGAAUUACCGAUAAUUGUGGUUUUAUUGAAUCAAUUAUAUAAACAGAACGUACAUCAGGACGUAUCGGAUUUCGUUCCAAUUGUGAUAACGACCAUAUCGCUUCAACCUAGUCAGCAGCAUCGAAAUUCUCCUGGGUUUAAUAAAGAGGUCUUUGUUGACUUCAUGGGGGCGCAAGUUAAGACGCUUUCAUUCCUUGCGUACGUGAUAAGAUUAUACCAAGACUUGAUAUCUCAGAACAGCGCGAUGCUGGUCAAAGGUAUACUAGGCUUAUUUACUCUCUGUCCGAUGGAAGUGGCUCACUUACGCAAAGAACUCGUGAUAGCUUCGCGCCACAUACUCGCUACAGAUCUACGAAAUCAUUUUAUUCCGCAUAUGGAGAUUUUCUUUAACGAGGAUAUCUUUAUUGGCCACGGUUGGACCGCCCAUGAGGCCUUAAGACCUUUAGCUUACUCAACACUCGCCGAUUUAGUUCAUCAUGUUAGACUACAGUUGCCGCUUAGUGACGUAUCCAGAGCGGUGCACUUGUAUGGUAAAAAUUUGCUCGAUCAAACUUUACCCACAGCCGUUCAGAUGGUUUCUUGUAAAUUACUGAUGAACCUGGUGGAUACAGUUAGGCAAAGAUCCGAUGCCGAAAACAGCACUCAAGGACGCGAGUUGUUGAUACGUAUAUUGUUGGUUUUUGUUCUGAAAUUUAAAACUAUCGCCAAAAUCUAUAUUCCAAUUCUGCGAAACAAAACGAAACAGCUACGGCCCGCCGUAGCGGACAAUACGACUGAGGAUACGAAGCCGUGUAUUGACGUGAAUGAAGAGAAAGAACCGCCAAAAUCGAAAUUUGGUUUCCCGACCUCGCAGGCGAUGAGUUACAAUGUAGCAGAUUAUAGAAAUUUAGUGAAAAGCUUAGUGCAUGGAGCUAAGGCUAUAACAGCUAACUGCAUCAAUAGCAGAACCAGCGAGGUAACGCAGUCCAAUCAACUCCAGCCGAAAGAGACUUUGAUUUAUAUACAACUUGUUAAAUGGGCUUUACCAGCUCUAGAUAUUUACACAAUAGGACCACCAUCAAUUGGCGUUCCCACACAGCCAGGCAGACCAGUGCAAUCUCAAACUAUACGGACGCGAGAAGAGAAGGAAGUGUUAGAUCUUUUCGGCAACGUGUUCACGCAAAUGAACCCCCAAACGUUCCAAGAGAUCUUCUCUGUAUCCAUAGAUUAUAUGGUCGAGAGAAUAUUCAAAAACUGCGCUUUGCAAAUAAUUGGAAGCUCAUUCUUGUCAAGUCAUACAGUCUCAUCGACGUUCGCAACCAUCCUGGUGGAAUAUCUGCUCGAACGAAUGAGCGAGAUGGGAUCGAAUGUGGAACGCAGUAAUCUGUAUCUGAAAUUAUUCAAACUUGUCUUCGGCAGCGUAUCGCUCUUUCCUGCCGAAAACGAACACAUGCUGCGGCCACAUUUAAAUCUAAUUGUAAACCGCGCCAUGGAGCUAGCUAUGUCAGCGAAGGAGCCAUACAACUAUUUUCUACUGCUGCGUGCGUUGUUCCGAUCUAUAGGGGGUGGCUCUCAUGAUUUAUUAUAUCAAGAAUUCUUACCACUGCUUCCUAAUAUGUUGGAGGGACUGAACAGACUGCAAUCUGGUUUACAUAGGCAACAUAUGAAAGAUCUCUUUGUCGAGUUAUGCUUAACUGUGCCCGUGCGUCUCAGUUCUCUCUUACCGUAUCUUCCGAUGCUAAUGGAUCCCUUGGUUUCCGCUCUCAACGGAAGUUACUGUCUAGUAAGCCAAGGUCUUCGUACUCUAGAAUUAUGCGUUGACAAUCUGCAGCCCGAUUUUUUAUAUGAGCAUAUACAACCGAUUCGUGCCGAAUUAAUGCAAGCUCUUUGGAGGACAUUGCAUAAUUCCACCGAUCAAGCUCACGUCGCCUUCCGAGUCCUCGGCAAAUUUGGCGGUGGAAAUCGAAGAAUGAUGAUUGAACCACAAAAGCUAGAAUACAAUGAUCGUGAGACCAAUUCUCCCAAUGUAGUGGUUUACUUCCAAGGACUGUCCCAGUCGAUCGAUUUUCCAAUAGAAAAAGUGAUCGAGGCUGCGUUUAAUGCAUUGAAAUCUAACACGACGGAUGUGUUCUACCGCAAGCAAUGUUGGGAGAUUAUAUAUUGCUAUUUGGCGGCGUCCUUAAAAAUGGACGACGCCGCUCACCUAUGGUACGAUUUGUUUACGCAUCCGAGUUUUAAAGAAGGCGAGAUACUGCCUCAACAAGGACCACACUACAGGUGUCCUGAUGCUGUGGCGCGAAAUGUUCAGCAGACAGCAUUGACCGGCAUGUUUGUCGCCGCAGAGAUAAAAGAAUUGAGACCUUCUGUGCUCAACACUGUCGUUUCCGUCGUGAGGCAUUACACGAUGAUCGCCAUAGCACAACAAGCCGGUCUGUUUAGUUGGACGGAACGGGAAAACCGCAAAGAUAUGCAAGGUCAAGACCCAUUUGUGCUGAUCGAUGCUCUCGCUGUCAUAAUGGGUCACGACGAAAGGGAACUGUAUAAAGCGGGAUAUUUAGCGCUUAUGCUAAUAUUAGAAACUGCGACGAAUAUUCUGGGCUCGAAGGAACGGGCAUGCCAAUUGCCCUUCAUGGAGUACUUAGCGGAGAGAAUGUGUUCACUGUGCUACGAACGCGCCUGGUACGCUAAACUGGGUGGUUGUAUAACGAUAAAGUUUCUGUUCGAACGAAUGGCUACUAAAUGGGUCCUCAAUCACUUGUUCGUCUUCCUGAAGGCUCUCAUAUUCGUAAUGAUGGAUCUAACUGACGAGGUGUCUAACGGUGCUAUUGACAUGGCAAAAGAAAAUCUGGAAAAGAUGCUAAGAGUCUGCGUGAAUCCUGGGAUUCAAGAGGACAACACGGAAUUGAUAGAAGCGCAAAACAAGAGUCUGUAUGAGGUUACCCGCGAACUGGUUAAACAGGUGACGUCGCCACACACGAUCGUGCGGGAACAGGCCAUGGCCUCAUUACGUCAGCUCGCCGAAAUACAGAACAAAUCGGUGACGGAGGUCAUGGAGCCGCAUAAGGAAGUCUUAGCAGACAUGAUACCGCCCAAGAAGCAUCUUUUGAGGCAUCAGCCGACCAACGCACAAAUCGGUUUGAUGGACGGUAACACAUUCUGCACCACCUUGAAUCCGCGUCUCUUCACCAUUGAUUUAAACAUCACGGAGCAUAAGGUAUUUUUCCAAGAGUUAUUGGGUCUCUGCGAAGCGGACGAGGCCAAUCUCAAUAAGUUGGCUUGCUACAAAUCAAUCUCGAAUCUAAUGCCCCUGAGAAAAUCGGCAUUACGGGCGCUCGCAGCUUGCUAUUACAUCGAGAACUGCCGGAACAAGAUACUUGGAGUUUUAUAUAAAGCUUUGGAAAAACCCCAUGCAGAGUUACAGGAGACAGCCUUUGAGUGUAUGAAAACAUUUAUUGCCGGUUUUCAGCUCGAUAUGGAAUCUGUUCACACAAUGAUGCGGCCUAUGCUGUUGACACUUGGUGAUCACAGAAACUUGAGUCUGGAUUGCGUCAGAAGGCUGUCGUAUCUAACGCAACUUUUCCCGAGCACCUUCAGCGUUACUCUCUGCGAACAAAUGCUGCAACAUGUGAAAAAGUUUUUGGAGAACUUAAUUCAAUCCCACAAAGGUAUAUCAAAGUCCGGUGAGAACGAGCAAAAGAUCACCAUCAUUAUAGGGAUAUAUCACAACAUUCCGGCAUCCCUACCCAAGUUCAAUGACGCGCUCUGCAGACUCAUCCUGCAAACGGAAAAAUCCUUGCUAGUCGAGGUCUCCAGCCCUUUCAGAGAACCUCUGAUGAAAUGUCUCCUACGUUAUCCGACGGAUGCGCUCAAUUUGUUUCUGCAUGACAGUAAUAUCAAGGAUCAACAGUGGAGCAGAUAUCUGGAGUAUCUUAUUAGCCACAAGGACGGUAAGCCAUUCCGUGAUAUUUUACACAACAGCACAGCCCGGCUUGUCACGAUGCUGCUUGCUCACUCGCAAACUAAUUCUAAUUUGACUCAUCCGGAGAAGAGCGAAGUACAGUAUCGGGCGAUCAAGAUCAUUGGUAUACUGAUUAAGUACGACGAACAAUGGUUAUCCACCCAGAGCCAGUUGGUAGGCGCGUUGAAGCAGAUCUGGUACAACAAUGACUAUCAGGCGUUGCACAAGAAGGUCGAGGGUGUCGAGUACUGCCAUUGGAAGGAGCCGAAGCACAUUGUCAAGAUCUUGCUGCAUUAUUUCCGCCAUCAACCGAAUGAUAUCGAUCUGCUGUUCCAACUGCUUCGGGCCACGUGCGACCGGUUUGUGCCAGACUUUCAAUUCUUGAGAGAUUUCUUGGAGAACACAGUGGCGCAGGAAUACACGGUCGAAUGGAAGCGAAGUGCUUUCUUCCGUUUUGUCGAACAUUUUCCCACGAACAACAUGUCGCAGGAACUGAAGGCCAACGUUCUGCAGCUGAUCAUAAUUCCGUGUUUCGCAGUAAGCUUUGAGCGAGGCGAAGGUACCAAACUGGUCGGGGGGGCGCCGAUGCCUUAUCAAGACAACCCGGAGAACGUUGUAUCAGUAUUUAUCAGCAAGAUAAUUGACCCGGACAAUCCUUUUGGCUCCGCCGACUGCGUCCGCAUCUCUUUACUGCAAUUCUCCUGUCUUUUAGUGGAACAGGCAUCGCAACACAUUCACGACGUGACAAACAAGAGGCAAGGAAACAAGCUGCGUCGCUUGAUGACCUUUGCCUGGCCUUGCUUACUCGGCAAGAAUUGCGUAGAUCCGACCACUAGAUACCAUGGCCAUCUUCUACUCAGUCAUAUAAUAGCAAAGUUUGCUAUCCACAAACGCAUAGUCUUGCAAGUGUUUCAUAGCUUGUUGAAAGCGCAUGCCGUAGACGCGCGUAAUGUUGUACGACAAGCGUUAGAAAUACUGACACCUGCGAUGCCUGUACGGAUGGAAGAUGGUAAUACUAUGUUAACACAUUGGACGAAGAAGAUUAUCGUGGAGGAAGGUCACUCUAUGCAACAAUUGUCUCAUAUCCUACAACUAGUUGUGAGGCACUACAAAGUCUACUAUCCAGUCAGGCACCACCUGGUUCAGCAUAUAGUAAACUCGAUUCAACGUAUAGGAUGUACCCCGACCGCUACUAUAGAACAUAGGCGACUAGCUGUUGAAUUGGCGGAGGUCAUCGUAAAGUGGGAGCUGUAUAGGAUUAAGGAAGAAGCCGAAGCCUCAGAAUCUAAUAAAGCGAUGCAACCGUCGACUUUGAUUAAACGCACGAUUAACGAGGAUCCGUCGGGCAAACGCAUGAGUUCCCAGCCGUCCGGUAACAGCCCCGUGCCUCUUAUUCUACCCAGAAUAGAGCCGGGAUCGGCAAAACCCAUUGAGAAGGCUCACGCGGACGCCGUUUUGAAUUUCUUGCUGCGCCUGGCGUGUCAAGUAAACGAUGUGACUACUAUUCACGGCAAUCCAGGUGAGCAAUUAUCUAGACGUUGCGUCGCUUUAUUGAAAAUGGCGCUGAAACCCGACGUAUGGGUCGCCGAACAGUGCGACUUAAAGCUGGCUUGGCUUGACAAAGUUCUCGCCAGUGUGGACAGCGCUCAGCCCAACUACGGUAACAUUAGCACAGCACUGGAAGUACUAACGUUUCUGUUGAGCGUAAUGAAGCGGGAGCAAAUACUCGCCAGCUUUAAGCCACUGCAACGCGGAAUAGGUGCCUGUAUCACCAGCAGCAACACUAAAAUCAUACGUCUGGUACAUGGCUUGUUGUCACGAUUGAUGACGAUUUUCCCGGCCGAGCAGGCGUCUCCAAACAUAGCACCCAAGUAUGAGGAACUGGACACAUUAUACACGACUAUAGGCAGAUUUAUAGCCGAAGGACUGACUACUUAUGAAAAGACUAGCGCGGCUACGCCGAGCUCGCUUUUUGGCACACUUAUGAUGCUUAAAGCUGCCUGUACGAAUAAUCCCAGUUAUAUCGAUCGGCUGAUAACUCCAUUCAUGAGGGUGUUGCACAAAAUGGCCAAAGAACAUUUACACUCCACGCAGACUGAGGCCAAUCCCGUCACGAGCGAAUUGUUGAUUCUCAGUCUAGAUCUGGUGAAGAAUCGCGUAGCAGUAAUGGGCGUCGACAUGCGCAAGUCGUUCAUAGGCACGAUCUUGGUCGGCCUGAUCGAGAAGACGCAAGAUGUUAAAGUGAUGAAGGCCAUCACAAAGAUAUUAGAGGAGUGGAUGAAAAACAAGACCACCAUUGCGAUGAAUCAGACGCCCAGUUUGCGCGAGAAGUCCAUCCUGCUGGUGAAAAUGAUGCAGUACGUCGAGAAACGGUUUCCCGACGAUCUAGAGCUCAACAGGCAAUUCUUGGAGCUGGUGAAUUACGUUUACCGCGACGACAGCCUGAAGCUGACGGAAUUAACUUGUAAGCUGGAACAGGCUUUCCUGGCCGGUCUGCGUUGCGUGCAGCCGCAAGUGAGAGCAAAGUUUUUCGAGAUAUUUGACAAUUCGAUGAAGAAGCGUUUAGCCGAUCGUAUUUUGUACAUCGUCGUCAGUCAGAAUUGGGAGAACAUAGGAUCCCACUAUUGGAUCAAGCAGUGCAUCGAGUUGCUGCUGGCCACCGUCAAUACUACUACCUUGGUACAAAUAACAAAUGAAGAUCUCUUGCUACCCAGCCUUACGUCUAUCAUGCAAGGAGGCAAGGAAAAGGAGAGCAAGGCUCAAACGCACUUUGUUUGUCGUCUCGGUCGUCCUGACGAGGAGCCGCUGGACAUCGAGGUGGCGGAAGGAGACUCGAAGGAGACGUUCCUCGAGAUGGACACUUGGUUGUCCAAUCUGAUGGAUUCGACGAGCGCCACCACCCCUGCUGAUGAGAUCACCGAGAAACCCAGCUUGACGCAGAUGAUCAACAAACAGAUACGCUUCAUGGAGAAUGCGAAGAAGAUCAAAACGGAGCAGUUGCUCCUAGCAACUGCUCAGCUGUGCCACAUGGACACAGGGCUGGCGGAGCGCGUCUGGUUGGACAUGUUCCCACGAAUAUGGUCCAUCUUGGAGGAACCUUAUCUUAAUGCCAUAACGACAGAAAUAGCGCCGUUUGUCGCCAGCGGGACACACGUUAUCCAGAAGGAUUGCCAUCCGAGCGCGCUCGGCACUUUCCUCGAGUCGCUGGCGCACUGUAAUCCACCGGUGGCCAUCCCGCCACCCGUGAUGAAAUACCUGGGUAGGUCGCACAAUGUCUGGCACCGAAUAACCCUGAGUCUAGAGCAGAUGGGUGCCGAGAUGGCGGCGGACGGUAACGGCGGUAACGUAAAGAAUCGAGGCGAGACUGAUCUGUAUCGCUCGCCUGACGAAGCCGAGCAGGUUGAGUGCGUCACUCCCUAUUACGAGGUGAUGCACAUGCUCUCGGAGAUGUACUCGUUACUCUGUGAAGAAGACAUGUGGUCGGGUCUGUGGCAGAAGAGGCCUGCGCAUUACAAGGAGACCUUGCACGCGAUUGCGCUAGAGCAGCAAGGAUUUUUCGAGCAGGCACAAGGUGCGUACGAGGUAUGUACGGCUAAGUUUCGACAGGACUAUCCGUCUGGCCCUGCACCCUAUCACCUUAACGAGGAGAUGCUUCUCUGGGAAAGACAUUGGGAACGCACUGUGAAAGAACAGAAUCAGUGGGACAUUCUAUUGGAACUCGGCGGCCAUAAUAACUACAAGAAUCCCUUCCUCGUCCUAGAGAGUGCAUGGCGUAUUCCCAAUUGGCCAGUGAUGAAGGAAAUUCUCACACAGUUGGAGCACAAUUGUCCACGGGAAAUGGCCUGGAAGAUCAACCUGUAUCGUGGAUUUGUGACCUUGUGCAGUAGUGAGGAUCAACAUCUGAGCACCGUCGAGCGUUAUGUAGAACUUGCGUCUGGUUUGUGUAUGCGUGAGUGGCGUCGACUGCCGCGCAUUGUUAGCCACGUCCAUCAGCCGCUGCUACAAGCGGCCCAACAGAUAAUGGAGCUUCAGGAAGCAAUGCAAAUCCAUCAGGGACUGCUACAUGGCAGAAGUAACUCACUGCACGACAUGAAGGCCAUCGUAAAGACAUGGAGAAAUCGUUUACCCGUAAUAGCAGACGAUCUCAGUCAUUGGUCGGAUAUCUUUACUUGGCGGCAACAUCACUAUACCUUUAUCUCCAAUCACUAUGAUUCUCAACAAGACCAAACAGUUAAUCACUCAUUGCUUGGCGUGCAUGCCUCUAUGCAGGCGAUUAUUCACUUUGGUAAAAUUGCUAGAAAGCAGAAUCUGUGCGGCGUUUGCCUGGAUUCUUUGGCCAAGAUUUAUAAUCCCUCGAGCGUACCUAUGGUCGACUGCUUCCAGAAAAUCAGACAACAGGUAAAGUGCUAUUUGCAGAUGGCCACUAUGGGAGGGCAAAAUGAGUUGCAAGAAGGUUUAGAUGUGCUGGAAUCAACCAAUAUGGCAUAUUUUACAAAAGAAAUGGUCGCUGAAUUUUACGCAUUGAAGGGUUUGCUUCAGUCACAACUUGGCCGCUCGGACGAUGCCAACAAAAGCUUUUCUGCGGCGACUCAGUUGCAUGACACUCUGGUGAAAGCUUGGUCUCUUUGGGGCGAUUAUCUCGAAAGUAUCUUUACGCGCGAUGGACAUGCUCGUCAGAUCAACAUUGGCGUAAACGCUCUUGUAUGCUUCUUACAUGCCUGCAGGCACCAGAAUGAAUCAAAAUCCAGAAAGUACAUUGCAAAAAUUUUAUGGCUACUCACCUAUGAUGACGACAAGUCAUUGCUCAUGGAUACUUUGGACAAGUAUGCCGUGGGUGUCCCAGCUAUUCAGUGGUUACCGUGGGUACCGCAGUUACUGAUGUAUCUGGUGCGCUAUGAAGGAAGUGUGAUCUUAAACUUGUUAAGUCAAGUUGGAAGGAUGUUCCCGCAAGCGGUUUAUUUUUCCAUCCGUACUCUUUAUUUGACGUUGAAAAUAGAGCAGAGGGAGAGAUAUAAAAGCGGUGAAUUGACCGCAGGGAAGAGUCAGGAUGGUGUCGAAGAACGGGGCUCUACCACGGGCAAUGUACCCCCGCAACAGGGAAUAUCGGAAACCGGUCAUACGGUACGUGCCACGGCGCCUAUGUGGAGGUGUUCGAAGAUCAUGCAUAUGCAAAGAGACAUUCAUCCAACUAUCUUAUCUAGUUUAGAGGGCAUAGUCGAUCAGAUGGUAUGGUUCCGUGAGACGUGGUAUGAAGAAGUUUUAAGGCAGUUGAGACAAGGCCUCGCAAAAUGUUAUGCGAUAGCAUUCGAAAAUCGUGGAGCAGUCAGCGAAGCUACAAUAACUCCUCAUACAUUGAACUUCGUGAAAAAACUUGGUUCUACGUUCGGUAUUGGCAUUGAGAACAUAUCAUCCUCCCAAAACAUGAGCAGCUCGUUUAGCUCGGCGGCAUCGGAAUCUUUGGCACGAAGAGCUCAAGCUACCGUGCAGGAUCCUGUUUUCCAGAAAAUGAAAGGCCAAUUUACGAGUGAUUUUGACUUCACUGUACCUGGAGCUAGAUUACUACACAAUCUCAUCAGCAAGUUGAAGAAAUGGAUAAAGAUCCUCGAAGAAAAAACGAAACAACUGCCAAAAUCUUUUUUAAUUGAGGAGAAAUGUCGCUUUUUGAGCAAUUUUAGUUUGAAAACUGCAGAAGUCGAGCUGCCCGGUGAAUUUCUGAUACCUAGGCACUCGCAUUAUUCUGUAAAGAUAGCGAGAUUUGUACCGCGCGUUGAGGUGGUUCAACGACACAACACGGCCGCCAGGAGAUUACGCAUUCGCGGUCACAACGGUCGCCUCUAUCCUUAUUUAGUAGUCAACGACGCUGGUCUGGGAGACGCUAGACGUGAAGAGCGCCUGUUACAACUGUUGCGCAUGUUGAACCACUAUUUGACCAAGCAGAAGGAAACGUCACGACGUUUUCUGCACUUUACCGUGCCACGACUCGUCGCGGUUUCGCCGCAGAUGAGACUCGUGGAGGACAACCCGGCAGCAAUUUCCCUCUUAGACAUUUACAAGCAGGCCUGUGCCAAGCUGGGGAUGGAGCGCGACGCACCUAUUGCCAGAUAUUAUGAGAAACUGGCUGCCGUACAAGCACGAGGCGCGCAAGCCAGCCAUCAAGUGCUACGGGAUAUUCUGAAGGAAGUGCAGACCACAAUGGUCUCCAAAACUAUGCUCAAAGAUUGGGCAAUGAAAACAUUCCCCGGCGCCACUGAUUAUUGGACAUUCAGAAAAAUGUUCACCUUGCAGCUGUCGCUGACAUGCUUUGCCGAAUACGUACUUCAUCUUACGCGACUCAAUCCCGACAUGAUGUACGUGCAUCAGGAUUCUGGUCUAAUCAACAUCGCGUAUUUCAAAUUCGACAUCGAUGAUAUCUCCGGAGAGUUAGACGCAAAGAGACCGGUACCCUUCCGCCUGACGCCCAAUAUCUUCGAAUUUCUCACAACUAUAGGAGUUUGCGGACCAUUGACCGCUAGCGCGAUCGCCACAGCGCGCUGUUUGGUUCAGCCCACGUUCCAGCUGCAUGCUAUACUUCGCACAAUUUUGCGAGAUGAAGUGAUCGCGGACCAUAAACGGCAAGAAGACGCCGAGGGCACAUCACAAGCGCCGACCGAUCUGAAGGGUGAACUUCUGAUAAAGAUGGUGAACCAUGCGGUCAACGCGAUUGUCGGUAGACUAAAUUCUCUCGCAAAUUUCGACGGCAUUGACAGUAAGGUCAGCACACUAGUAGCCGCUGCCAAUAGCCAUGACAAUCUCUGCAGAAUGGAUCCCUCGUGGCACCCAUGGCUGUAAGAUACAGAACGUUUGGCCUAACAACACAUUUGUGCUAUAACGAACGAGAAAAGGAUUAAAAUCAUUAUCGCAUUA